AUGGGGAGUUGCAAAUUAUUCGUCGGUUUUAUUUUCGCCAUCAUUUUCCUCACCGGAACUCAUCAAACAACAGCUAAGAAGGAUAAACGAAUUCACAUUUAUCAACUCCAAAAGGGAAACUUCUCGAUGAAGUUCACGAACUAUGGAGCAACUCUAAUCUCACUCGUUGUUCCCGAUAGAAAUGGCAUGCUGGACGACAUUGUUCUCGGUUAUGAAAAUAUCCACGACUAUAAGAAUGAUACGACUUACUUUGGGGGUAUAGUUGGGCGAGUCGCUAACCGAAUAGGAGGAGCUCAAUUUUGUCUUAAUGGGACAUGCUAUAAAUUGGUUGCCAAUGAUGGAAAUAAUACUCUCCAUGGUGGUAAAGUUGGAUUUAGUGAUGUCAUAUGGUCCGUGAAAAACUAUCAAAAUGAUUCACAAAUUACCUUUACUUAUAAUAGUUUUGAUGGAGAAGAAGGUUUUCCGGGAAAUUUAACCGUGGCAGUAACUUACCAAAUAAUUGGAACCAACAAAUUACAAAUAAAAAUGGUGGCAAAAGCCUUAAACAAGCCAACACCCGUAAAUCUCGCUUCCGACACAUAUUGGAAUCUCGCGGGUCAUGCAGACACAGGCGGCAUUCUUUCUCAUCGUCUUCAACUCUACGCCCAAAACUAUACGCCCGUCGAUUCCAAUCUAAUCCCAAAUGGCCAAAUCCGAAGUGUUAACGAUACAGCCUAUGAUUUUCGAACUCCCCAGAUAAUCGGGUCAAGGAUCCACGAACUCCCGGGCGGGUACGAUAUUAACUAUGUAUUGGUAAAUUCAAGUAAAGGAAAACAUUUGAAUAAAGCAGCGGUUUUGGAGGAAGAGAAUUCGGGUAGGUGGAUGGAAAUAUGGACAAAUCAACCCGGAAUCCAAGUUUAUACCGCAAAUAACUUAAAUCGAGUGAAGGGAAAAGGUGGCGCGAUUUAUAGGAAGUAUGCGGGUGUUUGUUUGGAGACACAAGGGUUCCCGGAUUCGGUUAAUUACCCGAAGUUUCCAUCUCAGAUUGUGAAUCCGGGUCAGACUUAUCAGCAUACUAUGGUUUAUAGAUUUACAGCUAGGUAG